AAUAUAAUUAAUUAAUUAAUUAAUGGCAGAAACUCCCGCACUUUAUCCACUUGAUCGGCGGAGCGGUUUUUGUCAAAAUACAACCACUUUUCAUAGUCUCCGUCCGUCACUUUCUCUUCCAUCACCGUCUCAAUCUCUAUCUCUCACCGACUACACAUUUCACCUCCUUCACUUAACCUCCGCCGGAGCUUUCACCUCGUCUUCCCCGCCGGCGACUCCUUUCCUCAUCGACGCUUCAACCGACCGUCGUCUCACUUUCUCCGACUUUCUCCGGCAAACAAGAGCUCUGGCUUCCUCUAUUCAGAGACUUGCUCCGUCUUUGUCUAAGAACGAUGUCGCAUUCAUCCUCGCACCACCGUUGAUUCAGGUUCCGGUUCUCUAUUUCGCUCUUUUAUCGAUCGGCGUUACUAUUUCUCCGGCUAAUCCUUUAGCUACUGAGUCUGAAUUGAAUCAUAUGAUUCGGAUUAGUAAACCGGUUAUCGCGUUUGCUACUCGUGAAAAUGUUCGUAAACUGCCUUCGUUUUCACUCGGUACUGUUCUGAUUGAUUCCGAUGAGUUUCAGAUCAUGAUGGAAUCGGAAUCGCAAUCCGAACAGAAAACGCUGGAUCGAGAGGUUAAGAUUAGUCAGUAUGAUUCGGCGGCUAUACUUUAUUCCUCUGGCACUACAGGUCGAGUGAAGGGAGUUGAAUUGAGUCAUCGGAACUUUAUCGCUUUAGUCGCUGGAUUAUACUAUCUCCGUAGGCCAAGGGAGGAGAAUAUGAAGAAUCCGGUGUACUUAUUUCCACUUCCUCUGUUUCAUGUAUUUGGAUUCUUCAUGCUUGUAAGAGCGGCGGCGAUGGGAGAAACAUUAGUUUUUAUGGAGAGAUUUGAUUUCGAAGGUAUGCUUCAGACUGUGGAGAAAUAUCGAGUUGUGUCAAUUCCUGUAUCCCCGCCGCUUGUGGUUGCAUUGGCUAAGUCAGAUUUAGUGACGAAGUAUGAUCUCAGCUCGCUUGAGUUUCUUGGCUGCGGUGGAGCGCCGCUGGGGAAGGAGGUUGCGGAGAUGUUUGCUGCCCGUUUCCCUAAUGUUGAGAUAUCACAGGGAUAUGGCAUGACGGAGACUGCGGGUGGUGUAACAAGGAUGAUAGCGACAGAAGAGACGGUGCAAUAUGGAUCUGCUGGUCUUCUGUCUGAGAAUGUAGAGGCUAAAGUAGUGGAUCCUUCUUCUGGAGAGGCAUUGGGGCCUAAACAAAGAGGAGAGUUAUGGCUGCGAGGACCUUCAAUCAUGAAAGGUUAUGUUGGAGAUGAGGAAGCUACUGCUGCAGCAUUUGAUCCAAAAGGGUGGUUAAAGACUGGUGACAUCUGUUACUUUGAUGAGAAUGGUUUUCUAUUCAUUGUUGAUAGGUUGAAGGAACUGAUCAAAUUCAAUGCAUAUCAGGUUCCCCCAGCUGAGUUGGAGCAAUUGCUUAAUUCUCAUCCUGAAGUAGAAGAUUCAGCUGUUAUUCCAUAUCCACAUGAAAAAUCUGGGGAGAUUCCAAUGGCUUAUGUUGUGAGGAAGCCUGGGAGCAGUAUUACUCAGACCCAAAUCAUGGAAUACAUAGCUAAACAGGUUGCGCCUUAUAAGAAGAUUAGACGCGUUGCUUUUGCGGCUGCCAUACCGAAAUCUUCAGCUGGGAAGAUCCUUAGGAGGGAGCUAGUCAAUCAUGCUGUUUCAACUGUUCCAUCUAGAUUAUGAUCAUUCAUUUUUUUCCAAUUAAAUGGUCAUUUUGUAGAGAGGCGACCAAUAAACGAACACAAUUAUCACAAUGAUUCUCAAUCGCGAGGCUUUCAGUGGGAGAAUAGAACUAGCAAUCUUGUCUUU